UUUUGGUUAUAUGUGAAAAAAAUACUUUUGUCUGAUAAAAAAUAUGUAAAACAUGAUCUGGUUUAUUUAUGGAAAUAACUAAUUAGUCUAAACAAUAGAAUAUUUAAAAAUGUUUUUGUUCUAUGGAGGUCAGAGAUAAUUCAUUGGUCUUUAUCAUCCUGAAAAUGAAUUAUAUUCUCAGUGAUGCAGUAAAUAAUUAAAUCUAUAGUUCCAGAGGAAUUUAAUUCUUAAAAUUAAAAAAUCUUCACAAGAGUAAAAGUUUAACGUGUUUAUCGUGUUCACUUUAUUAUUGACAAUAUGUAUUGCACAUUAAGAAGAUGCGUCUGUAGGACUGAUGCUGUAAGGGCUUUAAGUACUGGAGAAAUAACUACAGCACUCAGACCUUUUUACUUCACAGUUCAUCCAGACCUUUUUGGGCAAUACCCAACACAAAGAACAGUAAAUGAGAACUCAUUAAAACAAUUAAGCUCUGUGCUCGAGUCUUUACAGCAACAAAGGCCUGUGAGACCAACGACGUUACCCUUCUACCUCAGACCUAAAGACAAAGAAGAUGUUAAAGCUGGAAAAUUUACACUUGUUAAAAUACAAUUGAAUGAAAAUGAUGUUCGAAAAGCUGUUAUCUCUAUUCUUAAGACUUGUAAUUUACCUACAACUUUUGUAGAUAGAAUAGAACCUACUCCGGAUAAAAAUUCAUCAAAAUAUUGGCAAGCCUCUGAAAAUUCUAGAAGUGGGUUUGAUUUUUCUGAGCUUGAAAAUGAUCCAGUUUAUCAAUCAAUAUUAAUGAAGAAAAAAAUGAAUGCAGAGCCGGAUACUUUCAAGACAUACUUGGAUAAACAUGUAAAUGAGGCUCAUGUUAAAUUAGAAGCAUGUAAACCUGUCAGAGAAGAAGUUGAAAAAUUAGAAAAAAUUUUAUGUGAAGAUUUAGGUCUAAAGAAUAUCAUUUGGGACUGUGGAUGGAAUGUGGCACACUACAGAGGAUGUUUAUUAGCAUUCCAAGCCUUAGCUCGUCAUCAUCCAGAUCAAAUGAAAGUGUUGAAGAAUCGUACUUUGGUUUUCGCAAAUGAUACGGGUAUAAGUCUAGAAGGAAGUGUCAUUUUAAAUUCUGGUGAAGUUCGACACAAUUGGUUAGACUUAAUCAAAAAUAUACGGAAGCAUGAUAUGGUUCUUCUGCGACUUCCAGCAUUCGAAAAAGCAGUGUCCCGAGUACUUCUUGACAUAAAAAUUGGUCGACGAGUGCUCUGUAUGUGCAGGAAGUUCAUGCCGAAAGUAAUGGUCGGCCAGUAUGAGAAGCAGCUUCGUCAAUUGACCACAACUCUAUCAGAUUAUCGGGGGAAGUCCAAUUACCCGAAAGUAUGGCCGUCUAGUUUGUCCUCUUAUGAGAUUGUGAUUGAAGCAGAAGCUGGUCCGCUAAUGCUUUCUCCAACAGGUCAAUUUAUCGUUCCAUCGUCAUGUCCAGGUUUUCUUCUAGUCAACUUUAUCAGUGACAAUUUACAGGAGGCUACAAAAAGACUAAAUCACUAUAACACAAUAAAAUAUGUAGAACGUGAACUACAUGAUAGAACGAUGCAAGAGUUAGGACUGGCAGCAUUAAAUAAAGAUGAUAGUAUCACUCCGGACUUAAUGAUUCAAUGCUGUGAACGUUUACUGCAGAACAAAUCUACUUUGAUGCCAAUGGUGGAAGGAGUAAUGCUUUGGGUAACUCAUUAUUAUUCCGUCAUGAGUGAUGGUGUUAUUUGUAUACCAUGGGAUUGGAAGUUAUAAACAUUUCCGUACUAAUGACACUGAGUGACAAAUUUCCAUAAUUAUAUAUAUAUAUAUAUAUAUAUAUAUAAUAAUAUACCAGUUCGUAAAGGUAAAUUUAGUCAUAAAUUAAUUAAUUUAAUGAAUUGUUAAUAAAAUUCAUAGAUUUAUUUUUCGAAGACGCUUGACUAGAAUAUAUUAUGUAGU